CUUUCUUUCGCUAGGGUUGACCUCGGCUCUUUCACUCUGCUCUUGUUUUUGUCUCUUCAUUCUUUCAUAUAAUUUUUGAAUUGUGAGGAUUCAGUAUGAAACCUCUGGUGAGCGCUGGUUUAGCCCAAGGCUGCACAGGCUUGUCAUUGAUUGGAAUUAUCUUUCUCUCUGUCCUUUCAUACUUAUUUGCAAUUGAAGCUGAAGCUUUAAUGCAUGACUUGGCUGGUAGUGGCUUGUCGGGAUCUCAAGUUGCUAAAACUUGCAUCGGCGCUGUCGUAAUCUACACUGUUUUCUUUUUAUUUUGCGGGUCUCAAGUGUUGGUUGCUCGGUAUCAAAACCGUGUUCAACUUUCGUAGAAUAAAAUCUUUCCCUCCUUUCUUCUCCAUUUGAAUCCUUUUGUUCUUUGUAAAAACCGAAACCUUCAGGGAGUAUUGGAAAGAUAAUUUGGGUCCAUUUCCGUUCAUCCCCCGGUCGACAAUUUUUGACUUCCCAUCGAUGUAACAACUAGCAUGCUUUCCUUUCCGUUUAAUUCGAUGCUGUUCGUAUAAUACUUUAUUUUUCUUUCUAUAUCGCACGAAAUAGCAAGAUCCUUUGUAUAUAGUGUUUCAGAUGAGUCACAUGUUUACACACAACAGAGCUGCUCAUCAGUUUGUGAAACCGUUUUUAAAGUUCCAUCUCUUUUAAUGUGAACAAAGACCUUUAUAAUUUAGUUAUGAAAUGAUUUUGCCUUCAGAAAUAUCAAGAUAUUUGGACUUAGUCUCCUUUCUUAUCCUUAAAUUUUACUAUUUUAAUUUUCCUUACUUAUGUCGAUUUCUACAAUGUAUCUCUCUUGCAAUUUUGGUUGUGUAUAAAAGUAAUACUUUGAACAUCAAAGUAUACUC